ACUAGGCUCGCGACCAUCGCUAUCACCACCUCGCGUCACUUCGGACUGUGCGACGCCUGUGACAUACGAACAGUGAAAAGUUCAUGAACUGGGUGUUGAUUUUGUUUGAACUAUAUAAUCACGUGACGCACACACAAUACGUUCCCAGAAAUAUCGUGAUCCCUUAGAGGUGUCCCAGACUAGUACGGACAUCAGUCGGGUCGAGGCGUCGACAAGGACGGCGGCGCCCGAUAGCGGAUAGUGGUUGUGCAGCUAAUAGAUAACAAAUGUUGCUACGGCACUUUGGAGGAACAAUGCGGGUUUUAAUCAAUAUAGUGCUAGUGGCUUAUGCAGUAGAGGCUGCGAAAAAGUUUGAAGGGACGUUAAGGUCAGCAGCCGAAGCACCCCCACAAGACAAUAUCGCUGUAGAGUCGGCUUCUCCAGAACCAGCAGUAGUAGCGGCACCGCAGGACUAUAAGAAUCCUGGAGCACCACCGCCUCCUAAAACUGUGCCUGAAGACCCAGUCGAACCUGCUUCUGCACCAGAAACGGCAUCAGGAGGAGUACCUCCAUCAGCGCCCAGUGGUGUGUCAGCUCCAUCUGCACCCGCAAAUUCAUUAGAAGAAUGUGAUCCGGAGAUGAUAGGAUUUGAACUGGUAACCGGGUAUGUGUUCUCAGCGCCGUCUCAAAUACUUGACGACAUCCCCGGCACUCUGAUGUUGACCGACUGCCUUGAGCAGUGUCAGGCCAACGACACCUGUCGCGCCGUAAACUACGAGACUGGACUAUGUGUGCUCUUCAGCUCUGAUGCCGACCAGUUGCCAGGUGCAUUAACAAAGUCUCAAUUUCCGGUGUUUACUAUAUACGCUCAGAAGUCUUGUUUGGGCGUGCGUCCGUGUGAGCGAGCGUGGUGUUUCGACCGCGUGCGCGGCUACCAUCUCAAAGGGAGAGGCAAGAGGACACACACCGUCGGAUCCAGGCAAAUGUGCCUCGACCUCUGCCUCGGCGAGAACGAGUUUGUUUGCAGAUCAGCGAACUACAAUAACAAGACUGGAGAAUGCGUAUUGUCGAAUAUGGACCGCAUAACAUUAGCGGGAACUAAUUCAUUCCAACCAAACGAAGAUACCGAUUACUUGGAAAACAACUGCGUUGAAGAACCUACUAAACUAUGCGAAUUUAAGAAGAUGAAUGGUAGAAUUCUAAAGACUGUAGAUUCAGUAUAUCAAGAUGUGCAAACUGUUGAAGAGUGCCGAGAGUUGUGCCUGAAUUCACCCUUCAGAUGUCAUUCUUAUGACCAUGGCGAUACUGGUGAUCAUGUCUGUCGACUCUCCCAUCAUUCACGAGCAACACUUGCAGAUAUUCAGGAUCCGUAUUUAGAAGUACCAGAAGCGGCUACAUUCGAACUUUCAUCGUGCUACAAUGUUUCUAUAGAUUGUCGUGCGGGUGACAUGGUAGCCCGUAUUCAAACUUCCAAGUUGUUCGAUGGUAAAAUAUAUGCCAAAGGCAGUCCUAACUCUUGUGUUGUGGAUGUCAAACAGAGUCUUGAAUUCGAGUUACCUAUGGGUUACAACAACAUCGAAUGCAAUGUUAAGCAAAAUGGUCUUGGCAGAUAUCUGAAUGAUGUUGUCAUCCAACACCAUGACACAAUCGUCACAUCCUCUGAUCUUGGUCUGGCUGUAACUUGUCAAUAUGACUUAACCAAUAAAACCGUGGCGAAUGAAGUAGACCUUGGAAUUCACGGUGAUAUCAAGACCGGGUUAACAGAGGAGGUUACUGUUGACUCGCCCAAUGUAGCUAUGCGUGUUACAGAUAGGAGCGGAGACGAUACAAUUACUUCUGCCGAAGUCGGAGAUCCAUUGGCUUUACGAUUUGAGAUUAUUGAUCAAAACUCGCCGUUUGAAAUAUUUGUACGAGAGCUUGUUGCUAUGGACGGAGUUGACUCGAGCGAAAUUAUUCUUAUCGAUAGCGAUGGUUGCCCUACAGAAGACUUUAUUAUGGGACCUGUAUUGAAAUCAGCGACGAGUGGAAAGACAUUAUUAUCGCACUUCGACGCUUUCAAGUUCCCUUCGUCUGAAGUUGUACAAUUCCGUGCCUUGGUUAGUCCUUGCAUGCCAACUUGCGAACCAGUGCAAUGUGAUGGUGGCCCGAACGAACUUCGCUCCGUGGUAUCUUAUGGACGCAGAAGGAGGCGUUCGACCCCGGCUGCUCCCACCGAUGAUAUGCUUCUUGUGCAAACUAUUCAAAUCACAGACAAGUUCGGAUUUGACAAACAACGAGCCAAGAAUGUUACCGAAGAUUCCGUGUACAUCAGAGAAACUGAUGUAACUUGCGUAAAUGCUGCCGGAGCCAUGCUUGCGGCAGCUGCCUUCCUAGCAGCUCAACUAGUCGUUCUAGCUGCAUGGACCUGCAGCUGGCAGCGACGACGUGCGGCUGCCAAAGCUGCCGAACUUCUUCCCGGACCUAAUGCACCCUCCGCUCUUUGCAAAGUGUAUGAUGCCAGUUUCUCUCGUGCGCACCAGAGGCACUUCUGAGUUUUAGAAGGCAUGUCGACGUGAUCAGCGUCCGCAAUAGUAGUGUAUUCAUUAGUUUAAAAAGCCCCCGUCGAGUCCCGGCUCGUAAGGCCGACGUUUUGCCAGAGUGAUGAUACGUCCACCUUCAACGAAACGUAGGACAGCGAUAGCGGUUAUUUAAUGGUAGUGUCGGAAGACUCCCGCACCAUACGCUACGUACGGGCGAGGGUAGCGGGAGCAUACGACACGGAGACGGGGACGACCAGUAGAGCGCGCGCAACUGCAGAUGGAUGAAUGAGGUGAACUUGGUGCUUAGUAUGAUCGUAUAAUGAAUGUGUGAAAUGAGUGAGAGCGUUCGCUUGUCCCCAUCUCCGGUGUUGUCUCCGGGACCGUGGCCGUGUGUCGUUAUCAAGAUCACGUCGCUCAUUCGUUCACUUUACGGUCGGACAUCCAAAAGGAAGUUCGAUAACGUAUUGUACCAUAUUUUUAUUAAACUAGAGUAAGCCUGAUUUUAAUUAUAGUGAUAGGUAAAAAGUAACAUUCAGUACCUUUUAAGUAGAUAACCGAACGUGCGACCUAAGUCAUGAGACGAUGGAUUGACGGCCGUCCCGACAUCGUAAUUUAUUUAACUAGGAUAGUUUCUUUUUUACGUAAUUUAUAUUUGAGGAUUGAGUUAUACUUAUUGAAAUAAAUUUCUAAUAUAAAUAAAGAAUCUAAACAAAUAGUAGAUUAUGACAUGAAAAGUGUUAUCAAACAGUGAACUUAUUUUAUUAAGAUACUAGUGCCUUACAUUUCAAAUAUGAAUGUAAUAAAAUGUUGUAAUCAUUUUACCCCAUUUUCAAUUGUCAAAACAAAAUAAAUUACUGGAAAUAUGUA